AACCCUCUGGUACUCUGAUAUUCAUCCACCUCAAUCGCGCUUCUGGUUUACAGGCUGGUAUACCAUUGUAUUAUUCUAAGCACUCUUUGACGAACAAUUUUGGCUGGAGAAUGAGUUCUUCUAAUGCUGCGGAUGGUGGUGGCAGCAACGGCGAAGAAGCCAAUGACAGCAGUACUCAGCCGUCUUAUAUGGAUCCAGAGAUGUCCAACCUGCUAAGUCAACUGGACUCCAUGUCCCUUCCAAAGACAGACCCGAUACCCCGAGAACCCUCGCCUGACGCGCUAGGCUCUCUCGACGCGCUCUCCGCCCGCUUCGAGAACCUCUUUAACAGACCCCCCGUCUCCAGCGCACGUCCGCGCCCGACGCAAACCUUCGACCUCGCCGCCGAAGCCAACGCGAUCGAUCCCCGCGUCUUUCUUGGGCACCACUCCGCCGACGCGAACGGCGGUGGUGGCGACGACGAAAAGUUGGUAGAGGAGACAAAGUGGAAGGAUUUGACGGAGGUCGAGGACGAGGAAUUCGAGCGCGCGUUGCGCGAGUUGAGCGCGAAGCAGUGGGAACUGUCGCCUGAGGAUCUUGACGAGUUGAAAGUGCUGGAGAGCACGGUCGUUGUCUCGCCUGAGGAGCAGGAGGAGGCGAGGAAAGAAGGCAAGUACCUUGAUAAGGGGUAUCUGAAAGCUGUCGCUGAGGAUCUCGAUCAAGUCAGUGGAUCUGACAGCGCGACAAAAGACGCCGCCGGGGAAGAAAGAGUCAAGUCAGAUCGGGAGCUAAGCUCGGAUGCCUCGAAGCUAGUGAAAGAUUCAAAGUCGCUGCUCGAGUCCUAUAAUAACGGUGAAGACGAGACGCUGUCUACGACUGAUACACCGACCGAUCUAAGCAGUGCUGAAAAGAAAGAGUUUACAAAAGAAGAGAAGGAUAUAGAGGAACAAGCAGACAGACUGGUCCAGAUGUACGCCUCCUUGUCUGUCGCCAACGCGCCGUCUCGGACGGAGAGGAAGACAUACGACUUUGUCAGCGACAGCGACGAUGAGCAGCCCGAGAAGAACGAGGACGAGCAAGCCGACGAGCUUGUUGAUAUGUAUGCCCGACUCGCGAGCGACGAAGAGCCCUCGGGAGACGAGGCAGAGAAGUCUACAAAACAGUACAAGACCCCCGACAACGACGACGACGAUGAUGAUGGCGAUCUAUUUGCCAGACUGAAAGCGCUGAAAAGCCCGCCGACGUCCAGUCUACGCUCAGACGAAGAUCUGACGACCAAACUCCCCGACGCACCCACGCUAUCCCACGUCCUCCCUUCAGCACCAGUCGACACCUCUGCGCGCACCAAAAAGCUACGGGAAGAUAUCGAGCUUGGCUGCUGCAUGUGCUCAGGCGACGCAGAGUACCGAUGCCUUGGGUGCGAGAAAGAUGACGAGGAUAACUAUUUAUAUUGCGGAAAGUGUUUCUUACUGAGUCAUUUGAGUGAAGAUGCAGGCUAUGAAGAGCGCACUCAUCGCUAUAAGAAGCUAAUGCCAUGAGAUUCGACAAUUCCAUCUAUUGU